GAAAGCAUUCUGCCAGCCCGGCUCCUACCAAUCGCAAAUCACUUCCUAACCUCCGCCUUUUUAACAUAUUUGAUCACUUUGAAUCUCUACUCCUUUUCCUAUUAUUUUUCGGCGCACGGAGGAGGUUUGUAGGUUGUGAUCUUUGUUUUUUUUUUUGUUUUUGUUUUAGUGCUUUCGCUUUUUUUUGGGGGGGGGGAAGAGAGUUGCCUUCACAUAUUCCAGGCUCUCAAAACAUUGGCUUGAGCUGCGCGCUCGCUGGCGCUACCUCACAAGAAGAAAAAGGGAAGAAGACGCAGUUUUUAUUACCCAGUUGGUGAAUUUUCUUCGAGACUUGUGCUGGAACUUGAUAGUGGCUGCUGUGUGCCCACCGUUUCUUUUAUGCUGCUGCAGGCACUGUCUUACCAACCUGCUCCAUCAUUCACUGAAUAGUCCAUGCUACCUCGGUUGAUUCUUUUAACAUUUAAGCCCACCUCUCCCAUCGAUGGGUGUACUGGAUGGCUGACUGCAAGCGCCCCUGGACUUGGCCUUUAAGCGCAAGGCAGCGACUCAGCUCGCCAUCGCAUCAGUUUUGAGAAACGUGCUUCGCAACGUCUCCAACAGCAAUAAACCGACAGUUUUUUUUUUCCGGGAGGUUCAGAGUGGAUUCAACGUAGGCUAGAUUUGACAUUUAUGUCUGGCUGUUAACCACAGUUUACCGCGUUUUCCCUGAGACAUUAUUCACCGCGACACCAAAACGGCAGACAAAAAGUUUCUUUACGUUGACUGAUAGAUAUGGCAAUGGUAGUGUGGAGAGGCUCCCAGGACGAUGUGGCUGACACCCAAGGCACCCUUUCCUCGCAGACCCAAGGAGGACUAUCUCUUCCCACCCCUCAACCAGGCCAGUUGAAUCUGACAGCCUCUCAGGUCGCCCCUCCGACCCCUCAGACGCCGGUCCAAGGACCCCCGAACAACACACAGUCCACGCCGACGAACCAGACGACGCAGCAGUCGGAGAAACAGCCACAGCACAUCGAGUGUGUGGUGUGCGGGGAUAAAUCCAGUGGCAAGCACUAUGGCCAGUUUACUUGCGAGGGGUGCAAGAGCUUCUUCAAACGGAGCGUACGACGGAACCUCACUUACACAUGCCGUGCCAACAGGAAUUGUCCAAUCGACCAACACCACCGCAAUCAGUGUCAGUACUGCCGCCUCAAAAAAUGCCUUAAAGUCGGCAUGAGACGGGAAGUUUCUCUUUUUACUGCAGCCGUGCAAAGGGGACGGGUGCCACCCACACAGCCACACCACGGUCAGUUCGCCUUGACAAAUGGAGACCCACUCCACUGCCAUUCCUACUUAUCCGGAUAUAUCUCUCUUCUGUUGAGAGCGGAGCCCUACCCGACGUCCCGGUAUGGCAGUCAGUGCAUGCAGCCCAACAACAUAAUGGGCAUCGAGAACAUUUGUGAACUAGCAGCCAGGAUGCUCUUCAGCGCCGUGGAGUGGGCCAGGAAUAUUCCCUUCUUUCCAGACCUUCAGAUCACCGACCAGGUGGCUCUGCUGAGGUUGACGUGGAGUGAGUUAUUUGUGCUCAACGCCGCGCAGUGCUCCAUGCCCCUGCAUGUGGCUCCUCUCCUGGCGGCGGCUGGCCUUCACGCCUCCCCCAUGUCUGCGGACAGAGUGGUGGCCUUUAUGGACCACAUAAGGAUCUUCCAAGAACAAGUGGAAAAGCUCAAAGCUUUGCACGUUGACUCUGCUGAAUAUAGCUGCUUAAAGGCAAUUGUGCUCUUCACCACAGAUGCUUGUGGCCUCUCAGAUGUGGCCCAUGUGGAAAGUUUGCAGGAGAAGUCCCAGUGCGCCCUGGAGGAAUAUGUCCGGAGCCAGUAUCCCAACCAACCAACACGGUUUGGGAAGUUGUUACUCCGCUUGCCUUCCCUCCGCACAGUCUCUUCCUCGGUCAUAGAACAAUUAUUUUUCGUCCGAUUGGUAGGUAAAACCCCAAUUGAAACUCUCAUCAGGGAUAUGUUGCUUUCGGGGAGCAGUUUUAACUGGCCUUACAUGUCAAUUCAGUAAACCAAGAAGGAGACGAACAAACAAAAGGUGGGGAUGGGGGGCUGCGAGACUACAAUGAUUAUAGCUGCUUUUGUGGAAGGAAUAAAAAACCAACCGGCUGUUACACGGGGCUGGCUUUCAUGAAGAAAGACGUUGACGUAAAUGACUGUGAAUUCCCCCCCUACUCCAAAAAUAUUGAGACAUCCACUGAACUUUCAAAAUGGCAGAUACAAGCUCCGAGUGUUCAUGCAGAACAACCUGUGUCGAUCCAUUUUUUUUAAUGAAAGAAGAAAAUGAGGAAAAAAAGGAAAAGGGAUUUUGUUGAUCCUUAUGAGGAAAAUUUAAGUAUUAAGUGCAUUUAAAAAUGAUAAUUUGGGUAAAAAGGAAAAAAAAAAACUGGAGAAAGGGAAAAUACGAAACGUGAAUUUUCUUUUCUCAAAUGACUUGUCCUGUGUCCAUGUAUAGUUGUGUUUUGUACUUUCUUUGUUCCUCCUUUCUGGUUCCAAACCGGCCUAUGUGAUUUCUGUAGUACAGGUGGUGUUAUUUUCUAAGACAAUGAUUUAUUUUGAAAAAGGUGAAAUAAGGAAAAAAAAAAAAGUUCUAAAAAGAAUUAAAACCACAGCAAUAGGAGUUUAGGCUUAUAAUCUAGGCUUAAUGCUGCAAGCGCACUUAUAUUCUUAGGAUGACCAAUACCAUCUGGGAAAAAGGGAGGUUCUUGGAGUUCAUGUUCAAUUUUAUGAUCCAGUGGAAGCAUUUUUGCUCUUUAUUAAUAUGAAGUUACAGAAUCCACUUUUUUUUUUUCUACCACUGGUUUUUGACUAACGCCACAUAAGUUCUAUUAAAAAAAAAAAAAAAAAAAGCAUUGGUUAGUUUGACGCUCGCAGACACGCCGAGUUUACACGAUUUCAAUUAAUUGGUGAAUAAUAAUAAUAAUUCCCCGUUUCAUUCAGCUCUAAAUAUUUGGCAUCAGUUCCCCAAUUGGAUACAAUUUAAAAAAAAAAAUAAAAUUAAAAAUCCUACAAGUUGCCUGUACCUACUGUUCUGAAGUUAUCUGAGGCAGGUUGCUCUAAAUACGCCAUAUGUGCAUUUCAGAGCGCUUGCAGUGGUUCAAACUGCACUGGAAGCAUAAGUGACUUGUUAAAAAAAAAAAAAAAAAAAAAAAAAAAAAAAAAAUUGGAGAGG